GACCAGAUAUAAAAAAUGUUUCAGCGUCUGACAUAUUGUCGUAGGUUGUCCUACAACACAGCCUCUAACAAGACCAGGCUGUCCCGGACACGUAACAGGAUUGUUUACGUUUACACUAAGAAAGUUGGCAAGGCACCAAAGUCUGCAUGUGGUAUGUGUCCAGGAAGACUUCGCGGUGUUCGUGCUACGCUUAUGAGGUUGUCAAAAACAAAGAAGCACGUUAGCAGAGCCUAUGGCGGUUCCAUGUGUGCUAAAUGUGUCCGUGACAGAAUCAAACGAGCUUUCCUUAUUGAGGAGCAGAAGAUUGUUGUGAAAGUGUUGAAGGCACAAGCACAGAGUCAGAAAUCUAAGUGAAUCUCUUUGUAUUGUAUGCCUAAUAAAUAAAAAUUCAACUUUAAAAAAAAAA